AUGGCUGCACUCGCGCGCUCGGGAUCGUCCAUCACGCGGCCCUUUGCCGCCCCCCGAGUUUGCGUCAAGAGCCCGGUCGGACAGCUUAAACAUGCGCAGCACUCCCGGCGCGAGCGGCUGGUGGCAAGGGCUGCAGACACGGGCAUGGCUCCUGAGCUCAAGGCGGCCAUUGAUGAGCUGAUCAGCACCAACAAGAUAGUGGUGUUCAUGAAGCGCGCGCCCCGCGCCCGCACGCCGCUCAACCUCCGCCGCGUGCGCCGGCUGGCCACGCAGGGCACGAAGCAGUUCCCGCAGUGCGGCUUCUCGAACACUGUUGUCCAGAUCCUGCGCGAGGUGGGCGCGCCCUUCGAGGCGGUCAACGUGCUGGAAGCCGAGGCCAUCCGCAGCGGCAUGAAGGAGUACAGCGCCUGGCCCACCUUCCCGCAGGCGAGGGGGCCCGCUGGCGGGCCGCAGCGCACCGAGGGGCGGGCUGGCGGGCCGCAGCACACUGAGGGGCCGGCUGCCAGCCUGUUGGCUGGGGUGCGGACUAGUCGGCUGGGGGCUGGGGCCGGCGACCAUCAGUAG